UCUUUCUCUUUCUCUUUCUCUUUCGUUUAUGUCUUCUUACAACAGGGGCGCAGGUGCAUCUUCUGGGAAUCUUUGCUGUCUGCUUUGUUUUUUUGUGCUCUCUCUCGUAUUGUCACUUGUACUCUGCUUUCCUUUCCCUUUUCCCCUCGAUACUCUACGCUUCAUGUUCUUACGACUGUCCUAUUUUUUUUCCAAUUCUGGCGGGGUUUGCUCUAUUUUUGCUCUGGCGGGGUUUUUCAUUGUUUUCUCUAUUUUUAUGGGCCGACUUGAGCUUUCGAUUGGAUUGAAUAUGGGGGGAUGGUGGGUAGGUGGGGUGUGCUUGUAGAAAAAUGCUUUCCCUUUUCUUUUUUUCUCUCUUUUUCUCUUUCUUUUCUCUUUUCUUGUUCUUUAAAGUAUCAUUAUUACCACUGGUAGGGCGUGAGCAAUUGCUUUGUUUUGUUAUGGUGGCGGUCUGAGUUUACUGGAUCUGGUGGGACUGGACGGAUUGGACGGAUUGGAUGGGAUAAUGAACGGCAGCUCAAGGCGUGGUGAUGAACUUUUUGUUUCUUUGUUUUUGUGUGGCUUUGCGGAAAGAUGGGCGGACGGACGAAGGUGGGCGGACGGACGAAGGUGGGCGGACGGACUGUAUUGUAUUGUACUCUACUCUACAUAGGCUGGCUAGCUAUGGCUACCUAGACACUUAGGUCGAUACCUAAAUUGAUGUAUCAUGUGGCGGCGGGAUUGGGAUGGAAUGGAAUGGAAUGUCU